AUGCGGCAGGAGCUGGUAGCAUUGCGGCAGGAGAAGGCAGCACUGCGGCAGGAGGAGGCAGCACUGCUGCAGGACGAGGCAGCACUGCUGCAGGAGGAGGCAGCACUGCUGCAGGAAGAGGCAGCCCUGCUGCAGCAGGAGGCAGCACUGCAGCGGAAGGAGCUGCUGCUUCUAGAACAGCAGUCAGGCGGCCAUGUGCACCUGCACAUCCUGAUGCCACGUGGACAGUCUAUGGAUUUGAGAGCACAGCUAGAAGAUGGGGGACUGGACCUGUGGCAGCUGGGGAAGGAGCGGGGCAUAGAGCUGCAGUCGUUCUGCGUCUCCGAGGCGGAGCUGUCAGCAGAAGGUGUCAAGCAGAUCAAAUGGCAGCCCAUCAAACAGUGGAACCUGAAGCUCGACCCCAGCAGCUGCCAUGUCUACGUCAAGUCCAAGCCAGCCGCGGCCAUGAUACGCCAAGGUGGCACAACGUUCAUCGAGGGUGCCCACCCCACCAUGGUCUCUGGCGGCCCUCCUGCCAACGCUGGAGAGGCCAUGAACCAGGCCGUGGCAUCCUUUGCGCAGCAGCAGCAGCAGCAGCAGCAGCAGCAGUGGCCGCAGCAGGGUGCUGACCGUAGCCAGCAGGAGCAGCAGCAGUGGGUGAAGCAGAUGAUGGGCGACACCCCCAAAAUGCAGCAGUGGCAGCAGCAGCAUUAA